UUUCAUACACAUAUUUUGGUUGAAAUAUAAAUGGCUUCCAUGUGUUUAUGACAUUCAUUCUACUAGCAUACUUUCAUAUGUUGGCGACUAGCUUCCAAGGCUAGAAUUUUUGCUUCCUGCUAUUCUUGAAACUAAUAAGAAGGGUAAGACACUCAAAAUUGUACAGUGCAAAUGUGCAAUAUGCAUCCCCUGUUCAAAACUCUAUUACUAGACAACCCUGAAAGGUCAUGCAGUUAUUUUUUCAUUCUACUUUAUUAUGCCAUUGCUUGGAAAAAUUCUAAUCUAUAGGUCCACCACAUUCAAUAAUUGUACUGCUACAAGGCUAGGAAACUCAUGACCAAUUUCACAGAUCUACUUUCUUAUCAACAACAAUACUACUCCUUUCUCCUCAAUAAUGGAUCAUCUCCAUUGCCAAAAAGCCUUGCAUAUACGAACAGUUUCUACAUUUUUUUCUUAAACUUUACUUUUGAGUAAUUAAGUAGCUUCGCGAUAUACUAGCAAUUUUCCCAAAUUCAAUAGAUCAGCUACUCCCAGUGGUUUCUUUCUUUCUUUUAUUUUACUCUCAACCUCGCCAGUAUAAAGGGAAUUUCUGCAAAUCCAACAGAUCAGCUUUUGCCAGAGUGUUUAUUCUCUCCAAAGUCAAGGAGCCUCUCUUCCUUUCCUGAUAUUCUCAAGUUAAAGAAAAGGACUGAAAAUGGCAGAAACAGUUCUCGCUUUUGUGUUAGAUCAGCUCUCAAUUUUUCUGCGUGAAGAGGGCAGAUUAUUGGGAGGGCUUCGCCAAGAGGUUCAACUCAUCAGCGAUGAGUUGGGGCACAUGAGAGCUUUCCUGGGAGUGGCAGAAACAAAAGAAGAAGAUGCUGAUCUCAGGCUCCAAGAAUGGAUCAAGCAAGUACGAGAAGCAGCUUAUGACACUGAAGAUGUUCUUGAUGAAUUCGUAGCUCGCUUUGCUCGCCAUUCAGUAACAGGGUUCCGUGGCUCUGUUCGGAGAAUUUUCAACUCCAUAAAGACUCUGCGAACUCGUCAUAAGCUUGCUGUGCAAAUGCAAAGCAUGAAGGCCAGAAUAAAGAAUAUUUCUGAAGGGCAUCAGAGAUACCAAUUAGAAUUCGGUGUUACUACUAAGGUAUCUGGGUCUCCUGCUGCUGCUAACAACACAACAUGGCGCUAUAGCAGGGAUGAUGCACUUCUCGUGGAAGAAGCUGAACUAGUUGGCAUUGACAACCCCAAACAACAGCUAAUUUCUCAACUACUCGAGGGGGAUGAUUCCCAACUCAAAGUUGUUUCUGUGGUUGGCAUGGGAGGACUCGGUAAAACUACCUUAGUGAAAAAAGUCCACGAAGAUUUAGAUAUUAGAAGGCAUUUCCCAGUUCGUGCCUUUGUAACUGUCUCUCAACCAUGCAACUUCCAGGAGCUCCUGAAAGACUUGACUCGGCAGUUACACAAUGAUUUGAAGAAACCAGUUCCGGAAUCGAUUGAGGCAAUGACUGCAUUUCAGCUGAAACUAUGUGUUAAAAAUUUUCUUCAACAAGCUGGAAGGUAUGCAAUUGUGUUUGAUGAUGUAUGGGAUGUGGAAUUCUGGAAUGAGAUUAGAUUUGCACUGCCCGAAAAUGGCUAUGGCAAUCGUGUCAUGCUAACGACACGAAAAGCCGAUGUAGCCUCUGCAUCUUGCAACAAAUCUCAAGAUUAUGUCUACAAAAUGGUGCCCCUGUCUUUCGAGGAUUCAUGGACCCUAUUUUGCAACAAGAUCUUCAAAGGAAAUGGUUGUCCUGCCCAUCUAAUAGAUGUUGCAAAAGGUAUACUGGGGAAAUGUGAGGGAUUGCCCCUUGCGAUUCUUGCAAUCAGUGGGCUUUGGGCUUUGAAAGACUUCAGUAUUGCAGAGUGGGAGAUGGUUCGACACAGCCUAGGAGGUGAAUUAGAAGGCUCUGGUAUGCUGGACCGGGUCAGAAAGAUACUUUCUCUUAGUUACAAUGAUCUGCCCUGCCAUCUUAAGACCUGUUUGUUGUAUUUAAGCAUUUACCCAGAGGAUUAUGAAAUAGGUUGUCAUAGACUUGUUCAAUUAUGGUCAGCUGAAAGAUUUUUAGGAAAGAGAGAAGGAAUGACAAUGAAAGAUGUAGGCUACAAUUACCUCAGAGAACUUGUCAAUAGGAGUCUAAUUCAAGUGACUCAAAGUUUUUAUGAAGGAAUCCCCGACACUUGUCGAAUCCAUGACUUAGUGCGAGAAGUUGUUCUUUCCAAGUCAAGGGAGCAAAAUAUGAUCACAAUUACUACUGGACAAUACACAAAGUGGCCAUCUGAGAAGGUACGCCGUUUGGUAGUCCAUAGUAGCAGCAACACCACCGAGCAGCACCAAGAAAGCCAAUGUUAUAGCUUUAACCACCUUCGAUCCUUUAUUACGAUUGAAUCCAUGAAUCCACUAAUAUCCAGAACCUUGUUAUCAGAAGUUUUAAAGAGUAGUAGAUUGUUAAAGGUUUUGGAUUUGAGUCAUGAAAAGACAUUGGAGGAACUCCCAAAUGAGAUUUUCAACUUGUAUCGUCUCAGGUAUCUGAACCUAUAUAGGACAGGAGUUAAAGCAGUCCCGAAAUUCAUAGGAAAGCUGCGAAAUUUGGAGUAUUUGGAUUUGCGUGAAACUAAAGUCAAGGAAUUACCCGUGGAAAUCCUGAAGCUAAAAAAGCUUGAGCAUCUUAUGGUAUACCAAAAAGUUGAUUCUUCUGAUGACAGUCAAGGAUAUCAUGGGUUUAAAGCUCCAUCAAAAUUGGGAGGGCUUAUUGCACUACAAUCAUUAGAUACCAUAGAUGCGAGUAGCGGAUCCGUAGUAGUUAAAGAGAUAGGGAAAUUGACUCAAUUAAGACAAUUAGGGAUUUCAAAUCUGAGAAGAGAAGAUGGAAAGGUUCUCUGCUCCUCCCUUGCCACCCUCACUAGACUAUGGGAAUUAAACAUUGCUUCAAUUAGAAAUGAAGCUGGUGAUUAUGAGGUAAUGGAUCUGAAUCAUCAUGAUCAACAACAACAUUCUCUUUCAUCUUCAAUGCCUUCUUCAUUUCUCCAAUCUCUUCGUAUGCUAGUAUUGCAUGGCCCCUUAGAAAAGAUGCCGAAAUGGAUAGCUCAUCUUCAAAGCUUGGUAAGAAUAGAUUUGAGGUGGAGCCGUUUAAGGGUUGAAGAGGAUCCGCUUGAACCGCUCCACCAUUUGCCAAAUUUGGUUAGGAUUAUUUUUUGCGGAUCUUACCAAGGAGAGGGGCUGUGUUUCAAGGCUGGAGGAUUCCCGAAGUUAAAGGAAUUGUACCUAGUGAAAUUAGAGAAGUUGAAAUGGCUGAAAGUGGAAGAGGGUGCGUUACCCAGUCUCCACGAACUUAGUCUGGAUAGACUUCCAUUGCUAGAGGAGUUGCCUUUGGGAAUUCAGCACUCAAGGAAUCUUCGAAAGCUGUAUUUGUCUGAGUUGAGUUCUCAACUGAUGGAGAAGCUAGAGAAUCUAAAUGAAGAGACUGAAGAUUAUAGAAAAAUUGCACACAUUUCUGAAGUUGUCAUUGAAUUGUGGACAGAUGAGGAGGGAUGGAGAAAGCACCGGCUGUGGGGGAAGAUGAUGUAAAUAUUUCCUUCCUAUUUCUUUUUUUUUUUUUUUUUUUUUUUUUUUUUUGCACGUUUGUUUGUAACUUCUGAGUUUAUAAUUUGCUUUAUCUUUUAUCUUA